AUGCCGGCUGCGCAGCGGCGUCGGCUUAUGCAGGGGCAGUCGAGGGCAGCGUCAGGGCAGGGACCACGCGUCGGUGCAGGCAGCGCUCCGCCGCGUUCGUCCUCCGCCAGGGCGAGCUAUUCUCAUGCGUCGUCUCAGAGGCGACGAGAGGCUCGUGCGGCGUCGGCGCCGGGCGCCGCCUCCGCUCAGCAGCAGUGCGGUGCGAGAGACAGCGCCACACGUUGCGGCAUGCUGCAGGCUGACGAGGGCGCUGGGUGCAGGCGGGCGGAGGCCCAAAGCAGCGGCGGUCCGGCUCGGCGACCUCGACGCCGACCCGCCCGCUGCUCAACGCCGGCGUCGGGCGCCGCCGCCGCCGCCGCCGCCGCUCGCUGUGCGGCAGCCGCAGCUGCACCUGCCGCAGGCCAAGACCAGAUGCAGCAUCGGCUCCGGCGCACGUCAGGGGGAGCCUCGGGCCGCCGCAGCUUCUCCUGGAGCGUGCCUCCGACGCGCCGCGCGCGCGCGCGGCGCGCCGGCCGCUCGCCUCGCCGUAUGCUUUCACCUCCCUCGGCGGCACCGGGCACGGCGUGUGAGAAUUGCCGCCACACAGACUCGGGCAGGCGCAGUGGUACUCUGCAUCCUCCCACGUUCGCCGGCCGCAGCUGUGGCCUCUUCGGCGGCCGUGUGGCAGCGGUGUCGGACGAGGUGCCCGCCCGCCGCGCGCCCCGCCCGCCGACGCUGCCGAGGCGUGGAAAAACAGCGAGCGGGAUCGGGGCUUGUGCCUCGCCCGCGGCCCAACUCGAUGUUGUGCAGUCGCCUCGACGACGGAGCGCUGUGUCGCAAUUGCGCCUGUGCUUCGCUGCAGCGUUCAGACCCAGCGGAUGCAGGCCGCAGAUUCGCGCCGCGAUGAGCGCCACCAAUCGGAGUCACAUGCGGGCGCGGAUGGCGGAGGCUAUGCGCGCGUCGGCGUCGCGCGGCGCCGCGCGGCUGCUGGGCUGGUGCUGCACGCGCCGUGCCGCCGACUCUCAGACUCAGACUCGACGGCCGCGGCAUCGCAGCGGCAGCCACGCUCCGUCAUGGAUCUCACCGCCAGGCACACGCCAUGGAGCGGCACCAGAGCAGUCUAGUCUGCAGGCACAGCGGGCGGGCGUGUGCUUCCGCCGCAGCACGCAGGUGCAGCGUCGGCCAGAGCCUCGGAAAUACAUUUCGCAGCUCCCACCGUCCGCACCAGCCUGCAGGGGCGAGCCGCAGCAGCGACGUGCUUCGUCGGCACCGCACGCGUGGCGCACAGGGGUGCAGCGGGCAGAUGCAGGCGAUGGGGCGUCGCGUCGAGGACAGCCGCUCAGGGCGGUACCGAGGCGGCUCGGCCAGCGGCGGUGCGGAUGUGGCUUGAGAACGAGUCAGAGUGGCCUCGGCACCAGGCGGUCUUGCAGUCGACUCGACUCGCUUGUGCUCGCUUUGCCGGCUUCGCCACCAAGCCUCCUGCUCAGAGACCACACCUCGUGCUGCAGCAUGCCGGGUGCUUCCGCAUCAGCGUUCUCGCCUGUCAGCCCGCAGCCUGGCGGAAACACAGCGGCGCCUGCCUCUGUGCUGCUGCAUCGCACGGCGAUUGUCGGCCGGCUGCUGCUGCUUUCAGGCGCAGGACGCAGCCCAGGCACGAGCCAGGUGCGCUGCGAGGCUGCCGCAUCAAUGCAGCGUGCAACUCAGCUGGAGGCCGCUGCUGCAUAA